AUCAGUCACGCCACCUUCAAAACAUUGGGGUGAAAAACCUUUUCUUCACAUUCCCAUCAUCGGAUGCGCACCGGUUGACAUCGAAAAUGGAGAAGAUGCAUAUCAUUUUGUUAUAAUGCAAAUAUGUUGUUUCUUCUACUGCAAACAAGAGAUGUAGUUUACCGGUAUCUUUGAAAUAUUUAACACCCGUACAUUAAACCGCAAGGGACAGAGGAUCCAUUGAAUCUUGAGGAGCAGGCAAGAAACAGUCAGAUGGAGACAGUAUGUGGUAAAGGAGGGACAUUGGAUGGUGACACACUGAUGGUCAGCAUUAAACAAGAGGAAGAAGACCAUAUGGAGCAGAUGUCCAAUGGUCCAUCGUCAUCUGACACGCUCAUCAAACAGGAGAAAGAAGAGGGCCUAGAACAAGGCAGUAAAGCUCCGGACGACCAACUCCCUAAGGAUGAACCAGACACCCUGGAAGAAGGAGAGGAGGAGAAGCAGAGGAGGGUAAAGACAGAGGAGAGGUCCUGGUCUGCUGUUGAGACUGAGGAUGUCUCGGGGUCAGACUCGAGUUGGCGCUGCAGGCUGUGUCAGCGCUGCUUCAGUUCCUCCUGGGAGCUGACGGGACACUGCUGUACCGGCAUCGCGGGGGAGGACGGGGUCGCCCACGGCCACAAGGUCAAACUGGAGUUCCGGUGCCCAGUGUGUGGCGACCGCUUCCUCCGGCCCACUGCCUUCAUCAUGCACAAGCGCAGCCACAUGGGCCAGUCCCAGUACGUCUGUGGGGUCUGUGGACGGACACUCAAGAGCCUGCGCAAGCUGGCCUCCCACAGGCGCUCACACUCCCGCCGCCGCAGGCCUGUGGCUGAACGACAGCAGUUCCAUGACUGCAGCCGGAGCUUCUGCAACCUGACGGCACUCAGAAGCCACCGGGAGAGACAGCAUGGAGAGGAGAGGAAUUGGGAGGAUGAGGCGGACAGGGCGGUGAGAGAGGGAGAGGAGGGAAGCACUGCAGUGAUCUCUAAUGAUUCAACCAGAGUUUCAGCACAGCCUCCCCAGUCUCCUCAGUGCCAUCAGUGCUUCAUGACCUUUCGGGAUGCAGAGACAGAAGAGAGGCAUUUACGCUUCAAGCACCCAGUGGAGUAUGAGAGACAUCUCCGAGGUCGCACAGUGUUUGCCUGCUGUGUCUGCGACCUUACGUUCCUGUCCUCCCGCCUGCUCUCAGCUCACCAACGCACCCACAGCAAGUGGAGUCUGCCCCCCACUGGCCCAGAAGUCUCUUUGCAAGAAAGCACAGGCAGAGGAGAGGCAGAGGGUAUGGACAAUGAAAAAAACAGAGCUGGUCCAACGAGCUGUGAGCACUGUCAUAUCAUCUUCAAUGACCCUCGAACCUGGGAACGUCACAUGACGGCCAAGCACCCCCCAUCUCUGUCGACACCUACUUCACCAGGGAAUGCCUACCUGACUUCUAGACCUGCCAGGGGUCAACUACGACCCUAUCGCUGCUCCACCUGUGGAGAGAGAUUCAUACAGGAAAGCACCCUGACCAAACACUGCACCGAGGCACACGCCAGCUGAGAGAGGAUGGUUCUGGGAGCAUAGAUACCAAGAUGAAGAGGACAAGAGGCAAGUUGAAGCGAUAUAUAGGAUUGUUUUCCAGGAGGGCCGUGACUAACUAUUUACAAAGUUGUUUAAUGAAGAAAUGACGUGUCACUUAUGAGAUGGAUCCUAUCAUUUCAUUGUAGGCCUUAGUGUCAACCGUUAUGCCAACUCUCUCCAACACCAACAGAAUCCUCACAAAAUCUAUUUUGAAUUCAUAUCUCUUCUAGGGCUGUGACGAUACCAGUAUCGCAAUAUUUUU